UGAUGAUGAUGGUGGAAAUGUGUAGUUGAUCAGCUUAGGAUGUCGUCAGGAUCAGCGGUUGAUGGUGAAGGGAUAUCAUCGGGAUCAGCGGUUGAGGGUGAAAAAGAUAGUGAUGACAGAACGGUCAAGAUGAAUUCCUUCAAGGCGGAUCAGCUGGAGAGGUGCAAAAUACUGUUUCGUAAGGUCAAAGAGAAUGAGAAGACCUUCAAUGCCUGUUUCUGGGGUAGCUCGAUAGUGGUUGUUGGUGACGGUGUGGUAUGCCUAGGGUGUGGGGACUGGGCUAUGUGGAGCCCCUUCUGUCUGCAAUUGAUCAAGGCUCAUGUAUUGAGGAACCAUCGGAAGUGUAGGGCAAAUGAGGCUGUUGACGGGGUGAGGUAUCGGUCUACGAAGGAGCCUGAUGGGUUUAGGAUGCCUACGUGUCUGGAGGAAUGUCCGACUACUGAGGCGACAUUGGCGUUGGCAAGAGACUCACCGGAGGCUUUGAAAAUGUGGAGGCUGCAGGCUCAGACAGCUUAUGGUCGAUGGGGUGUUAUUAGGGGCAUCAUGGCGGGGUCUAUUAGAGGGGAUGUGUUACAGCCACUACUGGGCAAGGCGACUCCGGACGCGCGACCGUGCCGACCUAGGGCUAUCAAAGUAGACGGCGGCAAGCCAAAAGGUGCUGCUGAUAAGGGGUUUGUUGAUGAUGGACUACUAGACGGUGUGAAGCUACCUGGCAAGGAUGACAUGCAUAAUCACGACUGGCAUAUGAAAGAGAUGCGUCGAUGGUAUGGUAUCACCACUGAGAAAGCCGAGGAGUUAUAUGCUGCUGGGGUACGUCAGGCGUGGCCAGGAAGCUCCUUUCUAGGCCAUGACUAUGAAUUUGUCGACUGGGACUUGUUCUGUCUGGUGUGCUAUGAACAACGUGGGCGGGUCGUUCAUGUGGUAUCGGCGCCUUCAAUGGAAAGCCAUCUUACUGGGAAGGAGCACAGGAAGUCUUUGGAUUGCCUCGCUGGGGUGAACCCAUCCUCGGCCGCUACUGCAAUGGCGAUGGCUAACGGCAGUACCACUACUACCACGGUGACAGCAGACGAGUUGCCGCCUCCUGGCAACCCAAAUUUGAAGGAGUGGCAUGUGGGCCAGAUAGUGAAGUGGUAUGGCGACAAGCAAGCGGACGCCGCGGCGUUGUAUGAUGCUGGUAUACGGCAGGGCUGGCCAGGUUGUGAGCUCUUAGGAGAUGCUUAUGUGUUCAAAGAAUGGGAGAUGUUCUGUAUGUUAUGCUUCCGACAGAGUGGUAAGGUGAUUAAGGCCAUGCAUCCGGACACUAUGAGGCAGCAUAUUGGUGGAAGGGGUCAUAAGAAUAACGUCCAGUGGGCGUCUGGGGGGUGGCAGCAGCAGCAGGGAGGCCACAGUAGUAGUAGCUCUCGUAUGGUGACUACGUCCUGGGCAGCAUCAGCUAGGCCUAGUGGCGCAGCUGCUGGGGGGAUGGGUCAGCAGCCUGUGUCCUCUGAUGGAUGCAACAUUUCCCCCGAACGAGCGGUUCCUGAGGGAGAAUACCGGCAGAUAGGAGUAGAUGCUGACGGGGUGCCUCCACGAGAUAUGCCCGUUGGCCCCCGCCUGCGCCAACCGGAAUGCGAGUAA